CAGGUACACAGGAUACUGAGGUUGGCUGAGAGACAGAGAGGGCAACAGACAACUGGUUGCUCAUUGACACUCAAGCUUUCAAGGAGGGCAACGGACAGCCUGCCCUAUGUGUGGCUCCUCUCAAGGCUUCACAGCCUCCUCCUCUCAGUGCACCACAGCCAUGUUAACCUCAGAGAGGUCACCGCAAAGCGCAGGGGUCGUCAUCGCCGCAACGAUGCCAGAGACACAGGACGUAGAUAUGACGUCAUGGAGCGAGGCAGACUUUGAGGAGAAGUGCACUUAUAUUGUGAAGGACCAACCUCUGGAACAGGAGUCCGAAAACCCCGGGAGGACACGAGCUGAGAGAUCCUUACCCAGAAACCUGGCCCUGAAACGCUGCCACAGCUCAGCAGAGGUGCUCGGGGUGACCAGUAAGGAGAUGAUUCCUAAGGGGACACGUUUUGGCCCUCUGGUGGGAGAGAGCUACACCAAGGAAAUACUGCUGACAGGCGCCGACAGGAAGUACUUCUGGAGGGUCUUCUCGGAGGGGCACUUGCGCCACAUCCUUGAUGGUUUGAACGAGCAGCGCAGCAACUGGAUGCGCUACGUCAACCCAGCCUGCUCAGUGGAGGAGCAGAACCUGGUCGCGUGCCAGAGCGGUUUGGACAUCUACUUCUACACCAUCAAACCACUUCAGCCGGGCCAGGAGCUACUGGUGUGGUACUGCCCUGAAUUCGCCCAGCGCUGUAACUACCCUCCUCUGGGCCAACUGGCUAUUGACAGUGUUGAGCAGAGUCAAGCCCAGGAGAAAACAACAGCGAAACGAGGACACAGCGUCUCAGAAAUUCUUCAAGAUGAGCCCUCCAGAUCCCCGACUGCCUGCCCCAGACGUCUGUUCAGCCCCUUAUCUCAGGCUAACCUCUCAGCAGUUUUUCCCUCGUGUCCUCGUGUUGUCUACCCAAUCCAGCCCGACUCAGACUCUAUCCACGGCCAUAGAUAUGCGCCUCUGCCAUCCCUGCCAUCCUGCGGCCCUCCGGCUGCCAAAAGGCCAGCUCUAAGUCGUCCUGUUCCCUCUGUUUUGCACUUCAGCUUUGAGCACAGUCAAGGCCCUGUUACAGCCAAACCUUACCAGGAGCCCUCUGUGCCUGAUCGUGUUCACCCUGCUCUGAGGCGCAGUCCCUAUUAUCUGCCUCACUACUCGCCCGGCCUUAACAGCAUUCUACCUCAUUCAUACCCUUUCUACAGUGAUCGACUGAAACCUCACGUAACACUCUCAUCUCAUUUACUGCCUUUUGACAGCUAUGCACACCUACUCCAUCCUCUAGUCAACGGACACAAAGACUUGACACUUGCACUAUCCAGUACCAAACAAGACCUCAUUCUUUCACCAAUCAGUGAACACCAAGACAACAAGGACCUCAUAUCCAACAGGACUAACUACCUCAGGAUCCCCUCAGAUGACCUCAGAGAUUUCAAAUACUCCCCUCCCAGCAACGUCCACGCAGACCUCACUAUACCCGCCACAUCCAGUGCCUCAUCCAUGGUCACCUCACCCCGUGGAGCAUUGCCCUCUCUUGCACCCGGAGGAUGCUCACCACCGGUAGGCAUGGCUGCCUGCUCAGAUUUCCUCCCUUCCAAACCCACCUCUGCCACACAGGGUAAUACUGAGGACGCGAUUGACCUCAGGAAGACCAAACAAGGAGGGCAGAUCAUUGGCUACAAGACUCUGUCUUACCCUCUCACCAGGCAGAAUGGAAAGAUCCGCUAUGAGUGCAACGUCUGUGGAAAGGUCUUUGGGCAGCUGUCCAACCUCAAGGUCCAUCUGCGAGUACACAGUGGAGAGCGUCCCUUCAGGUGUCAGACCUGCAACAAGAACUUCACUCAGCUGGCUCACCUGCAGAAACACUACCUGGUUCACACGGGAGAGAAACCACAUGAGUGCAAGGUGUGCCAUAAACGAUUCAGUAGCACAAGCAACUUGAAGACCCACCAGAGGCUACACUCGGGUGAGAGGCCUUAUCAGUGCAAGCUCUGCCCGGCCCGCUUCACUCAGUAUGUCCACCUCAAGCUGCACAAACGCCUCCACAGCGGGGAACGGCCUUAUCGGUGUCCCCGCUGCCCCUGUGCCUAUCUCCACUACUGCAGCCUCCAGGUGCACCUCCAAGGCUUCUGCCCCCUCUCCCCCUCUGCCUCCCACAGACACUCGCCGGAGGAGCUACACCGAGUCAACUCCGAGCUCGAGAGGUUUGACGUGAGCGAGGCCGCUGAGCGGCUUGAGGCCAUGGCUGCAGAGGCCGAGAUGGACAAGGGGAAUGUCACUGACCUAAUACAGAAGAUGGGGACUCACACCUCGGGCCACCAGGAUGGCACCGGAGGGGAGACUGAGCUGAGCGUUUGCAAAUCAGCAAAGGAGUGCUCUGGUGUUCAGCUGCGUCAUGGCAGCCCUCUACCUCUGCAUGCAACCAGCAUCAAGCUGGAGUCAAGCUGCAUAUCAGAGCCCUAAGACGGCCUUGCUAAUCCAGCCAUAUAAUCCUUACAGGUCAACUCAGCAGCUGUCUGUUACUGCCCUAUUUGAAGUGAAGCCUUAUCUCAAUCAUGGCUUGCCUAGCCUAUACUCUACAGAGACUAUAGCCUGUGAAGAAUCAAAACUUUACCAGCAUGGCCCGUGACCUGUGACUUGAUUGAUUUAAUGUGUGUUAAUCUUUCCUAAUUUAUUCUGUUGCUAAUAUGAAUCUAAACUGUAUAAAAACACAGAUUUGUGACAUUUUUUAUAAUUUGUUUUGUAUCUCUAGAACAUCUUCAUGGAACAACUAAACAUGUGAUUUAUGCAUAAACGAAAUGUGUUUUUAUAUGUGGUCUCACUGUGUGAAGACUUAGUGUUUCUGUUUCUGUAUGUGUGCGUAUUUAUGUUUACCAAUUAAAGUGAC